AUGAAUAAGCAUCCGAGUCUUGUCAUAAUAGAUGGUGAUAAUGCCAUGAAGAGUGCAAUUAAAGAAGUUUUUCCAAAUGCUACCCAUAGAUUGUGUGCUUGGCAUCUGUAUAAAAAUGCAGUAUCUCAUAUCAAGGACCCAGAAUUUCGUGAGAAAUUUAAGAAAUGCUUGUAUGCCAAAUUUGAAUGUGAUGAAUUCGAAGAGUAUUGGCAUAACAUGGUUGAAAGGUUUAAUCUUGUGGGAAACGACUGGGUAGAGAAACAAUAUAGAAGGAAAGAACAGUGGGCUACUGCUUAUUUGAGUAGCAAGUUCUGCGCUGGAUUUAGAACUACAUCCAGAUAUGAAGGCAUAAAUUCUUUCAUUAAAAGCUUUGUUGACUCAAGGGAUAGUAUACUUGCAUUGGUGCAAAACCUAGAACGUGCUUUAAGGGACUACAGAAAUAAUGAAAUUGUUGCUGAAUUCAAAACAAUAAAUGGAGAACAUGUGCCCAUAACAGGUUUACAUUCUCUUGAGCGUCAUGCUGCGUAG